AUGUCGGCGCGUCUCUUUGCCAAGCCCAAGCGCGAGAGAUCGAUGGAUGCCCGAACUGAUAUUACAAAUCCGGCCGUGGCUCUCUUGGAUUCAUCCUCACAUCAAAUCAAACCAACAACAGCCAAAAGCUUAUCGAUAUCGCCGAAGCCCAUGGAUCUGGGGCGGCGUUUCCUCCGGUGGGCUUCUUCCCAUCGUGCUGGUAGCGACCAGGAAGGAAAUGCAAGAGACUCGAGAACAUCGCACCAAGAAGAGGGUUCAGCUCCCGUGCCAUCCAACCAAGAUGCUUCCGAAUUCAUGGAUUGUGACGAGAACGCAGAGAGUUUCAAGGAGGAAACCAUUCGAAAGGAAGAUAUUGCUUUGAAAGCCGACACCAAUGUUGAUGGAGGCAUUGACCCGAAAGAAGCUGCAAAAGACGAGGUGCAACCGGUGGAAGAUUCCGUCAUGCAAGAUGCCGUGGAGACUCACAGUGAGAAUCAAGAUGCUUCCUCAGAGUCGAACAUUCCUGGGCUCGGGAGAAGUAAACCCAAUCCGAUGGUACAAGGGAACCCAACACAAGACACCGACAGCGACGAGGCCUUCAUGGCAAAAAUGGAUGCGAAAUUCCCAAACGCGCGCAAACAAACCGAGAAGCUGCUGCACUUAGUCGCAAUGUCGGAUGAGACAGCCAACAAGACACCAAGCUUCUUCACGAAAACAUACAAACAGAUUGACCUUGAUCAGACCAAUCAAGACUGGUCAGAAAAUCAUUACCUGAAGGGCGACGACAAAAAAGAUGCUGACAAGGAUUCGGUGCUCCUUACAUCCUAUGGCGUAGAAUACUUGGAGAGCAAAUUGCCGGCGGUCGACGCUAUGGUUAGACGGCCAUUCAUGGUGGGGUCUGUUGCACCUGAUACAGGUAGUAUCACUGGAGCAACCAAGGCUGAAUCCGGUAGCUGGCUCACAAUUGACCGAACCCCAUUUCCCUCAAAGCAGCCAGAGGUUCCCGACGACGAUUUCUUCCCAAAACAGCUCAAGCACAUGACGCAACUGGAACAUCUACAAUGCUGCAAAGGCCUACCGGUACUUGCCGGGGAUAUGUUGGCCACUUUCUGCAAGCAACUGAAGUAUUCUGACGUUGCUGAAGAUAUUCUGAGUAUGACAAAUGAUGAGACUCGUAAAAAAACGAAACAAUUUCUGCUUUCCUCCCUGCAAUAUUCGCUGGGCCAGCAAAUCACGCCACUCUUUCAGAAGCUGUUCAAAUUGGCUGGGACGCCUGAAUCGAAGCACUCAGAGUUUGUCGCGAAGAACGUGGAAGUUUGCUUUGGCUUUGGUCAUGUUCGCAUGCUCUGCGAAGACUCCAAUUCCGGCUGCAAAGUGAUCAACGGAGCUCUCUUCGACGUUUUGAUGGAUGUUCAGGUGCAAACAAUUGGAUUUGGUACAAAAUCUACCAUGGUGGUCACUGUUUCCCCUGUCCCUGACGCCGAUGUAAGUCUCAAUCUAGAAGUUCUCGGUGCUCUUGUGGCUGCAGGCAAUGUCAAUAAGGAGUUUCUCCAAGAGCUGUGCGGCAUGGCGGAGAACACCGAUGCCAGCACUCUUGUCCCAGGAAAACUCGAAACCUAUCGCCACCUACUCGACAAAGCACAAACGUUGCAAUGUAACAGCCAGAUCAGAUUGGUGUCGGAUGACAACGCUCAUGUUCCUCCGGAAGAUUCAAAUUCAAUGAUUCUGACUGACGGAUGGUGCCUGUAUACUCGGAAGCGCCUCGAUAAUUGGCACUCCCGCCAUGCACGAUCCAUUCUCAAAGCACUCCAGAGUGGCACUUUCAAAAUGAAGAGACCCUUGUAUGAACUGUUGGAAGGUUCUGGAACAACAGGUGGGGCUAGUUUAUGCAGAGCUUUCAGCCAGGAUGAGCUGGAUCGCUUGGUAUAUCCUUUGCCUUCUUCUACUGCGCAGCAAGAAGUUGGUUGCCGGCUCCUUAUCGACAAUGCAGGCAUAACAAUUUUGGACGGCCCACCAGGUACCGGCAAAACGCAAACUAUCGUCAACAUUGUCGCGUCAGCUCUUGCUCGGGGCAAGAGCGUGCUUGUAUUCUCCUCCAAUGAUGUUGCGCUUCGGGCAUUCUUCAACAAGUUGCCGGAGAAGUUACGAGCCCUGUGCAUGGCAGUUUUCGCGUUCGAAAAGCGUCCAGAUGAGCUGCUGAAAGUUGUAGGGCAGAUGGAUCUGAUGUUGAGCGAUGUUUUGAAGGGAAAGGCCACCUAUGAAAAGAAAAUCCAAUCUCUGGAGGCCGAAAUUGAAAGAGCCAAACUACGCUGUCAAGCAAUCGACCAAUGCGAUCAAAACCAACGUGAAGAGAGCAGACAACUGCUAUCAAAGGAGAAAGUGAGGCGCAUUCUCGACCUCACCACAUCUAUUGGUAGGAAGUUCUCAUGGGCCGCUGCAGCUUUCCUUAGCGACGAUACAACCAAGCAUGCUUUUGUUCGACAACUCAACCGUUAUUGCCAGGACUACGCAUCUCACAAGCACAUUGCUCUUGGAUCUGUUGAUGGCAAGAUUCAAGAUCUCAUCGACCUUGUUCAGAUGCAGCAAGUUGACGGCUCUUCAGCGUCGCCCCUGCUGCCUCCUCACCUAAGGGAAGACCCCCCUUCUGAAGCAGAGGCCAUGCUUGAUCAGAUCACUAUUGACGAACGCAGUCCCGAGACCAAGGAGGACUGGGCCAGCAUCCAGAAAGCUCUCGAGUGGCGACAACAGUUCGUAUUGCCUAUUGUCGAGGCUAACUUCGCAGAGAGUGAUAUCUUCGACAACAAUGGAUCCAUUUGCAAUGAUUUCCUCGCCAUGGCGAGCAAGGUUGAUCAAAUCGGAAUGCUGCUUGACGAGUUGGGUCCAGAUGUUCGCGGCCAGUUCGUGGCCCGCUUGAAGUCUUGCUCCUGUUCUCUGGAACCCCAGGACGAGCGUCUGAAACUAAUCAGCAAAAUCCAACAUCUACAGGCUGAGCUCGUUUCCACGAAAGCGAUCCUCACCAUCAGCGAUAAAAUGACGCAGAAAAGCCGAGGAAAACUGGUGGAUUUGGCCUCAGUUCUUAGAGAUGCCAGCGGUAAAGCAUUCUCCGACAGCCAACAGAAACUUCUUAAUGCUAAGAACAUUGACGAGAAGUCCCUGAGUCAAAACAUGCAAAUGAAGAAGGCUUUAUCUGAACUUGUCAAGGUGCUACCUCUUGUUGCAAUGACAACCCAGCAGACGAGUAUAUUCUUGUCGCCAGACAGCACGUACGACAUUGGAAUCAACGACGAAGCUUCUCAGUCUGGGUGUACUGCACUCUUGCCGGGAAUGCAUUGCCGACAACUGCUCAUAGUGGGAGACGACAAGCAAUCAAGCGAAAAGCAACAAAACAUGAGCGACGACAGACUCAGUGUACUGAGGGCAAGACUGCCCAGCUUCGCAUCAUCAGAAAAGCUGUUACCAGGAUCUUCCUCUAUGGAUCAAUUCAAGGUUGCUUGUCCCAGCAAUUCAAUCUUUCUCUCCGAGCAAUUUCGUGGCCCACCUGAGGUUGUCCAACCCAGCAAUGAACUGUUCUAUUUUGGAAGACUGAUUCCUGUGAAGUUGCCAAGCAAGGAGGCAGCUUUGAUUGAUAAGCCUGUGUAUGGGGAGAAGGCCAAGAACGGCGUCAAUCAGGAGGAAUGUGACGAAGCCGCAAGGAUCUUUCGAAAGUACGCCACUCGAAGAGCGAAAUGUGGCAUGAAAGUGGAGACCUUCAUGUUCAUCUCUCUCGGUGGAUUGAGGCAGAUCCGUGCUCUCGAGAAGAGCAUUAACGUUGUGCUGAAUGAAUUGCUAGAACAGUAUGGCCAUGUGAUCAGUCAAGAUGAUUUGUUGUUUGGUGAACCAAGCCAAAUUAUUGGCAACGAAGCUGAUAACAUCAUUCUCUCAUUGGUCGACGACAAGAAUAGCGUCCGUUGCCAGAGCUCUCCCGACGACAGAAAAGAACACAACGUUGCCCUGACCCGCACAAAGAAACGGAUGUUCGUGCUUCGCAGUUUUGACGUUUCAGAUAUUGAGCAAGCAUGUGACAUCCGGAAGCAAUACAUCCCCUAUUUCAAGUUUGCGAAUGAAAUGAAAGGAAGUGGAGCUAAAUCUACAACGAGUUGCAACACUUGCUUGGCCCAAUCACUGUUAAUAUCGGAGCUUGAACGCCUUGGGUAUGUUGUGUCGGUAAAGGAUGGAGGCAUCUGGGCAAAAUCGCUUUGCGUGUGGGGAAAUGACGUCGAGUCUUCGGGUGCCCUGUUAAUGUUGGAGAAUGCGGGUGAAGAACAAGACGUUUGGGAAAAGAUUCAUGAGGAACAGACGUCUCUCGAAAGAGCUGGAGUCAGCUGUAUCCGAGUUGACUUUUUUGCUUUGACUUCCAAUUUCCAAGGCACGCUGGACGCUGUGGUGGGCUUUUUGAAGAAGGCUGGAGUACACGGCAAGCCUACGGUCCCACAAGAAAUUGUUCCAAACCUUACUGAAGGGGCUCGCAUACCGGUACCGGUAGUUACUGACCCUUCCUCCCACUCAGAGUCGUCCCUCUCCGCCUCUGUGAUUUCUUCUCGUAGUGGAAGGGGACGUUUCGAGGAGUCUGAAGGGGAAGACAUCAAGCCCAAAGCCAAGGAGCGAGCUACUGCUAGAGCGGUGGCAACCAAGCGCAAGUCCACCGCGACAUCGGCGCCCAGUGACUCCAAAGUUGAAGAUUCCAAAAAGGAAGAGACACGGACACGAAAGAAGCGCAAGAGGGCAUCGAAGAAGGGAACUACUGUCAAGAAGGAAAACACCGCCAAGAAGGGAAGCACUAAUACCAAGAAGGCAACAGGUGGGCGUGCCAAGAAAGGAUAG